AAUCUGUGAGGGGUGGGGGGAGGAGGAGGGGUGUAGUGUGUGUGGUUGGUGGGUUAUUCCUUGAUGGGAGGCUGUGUGGGGUCCCAACGCCGGCAGCAGCAGCAGCAGCAGCACCAACAGCAGCACCAUCGUUCAGGGAGACGGGGCGGCAAUGGCAGAAAAACAGGUCGUAAUGAGCCUCUGAAGAAGGAGAGGCCGAAAUGGAAAAGUGAUUAUCCCAUGACGGACGGACAGUUGAGGAGCAAACGAGAUGAAUUCUGGGAUACAGCACCUGCUUUCGAGGGCCGCAAAGAGAUCUGGGAUGCUCUCAAGGCAGCUGCCUACGCUACUGAAAGCAAUGAUCAUGAACUGGCCCAGGCUAUUGUGGAUGGCGCCAGUAUAACUUUACCCCAUGGGUCACUGACGGAGUGCUACGAUGAGCUGGGCAACCGCUACCAGCUGCCUGUGUACUGCCUGGCGCCCCCCCUCAACCUCAUCACAGAGAAGAGUGACGAGGAGGCAGCAGACAUUCCUGACCCCCCGGCCCACGGCAAGCACGAGUUCCAACUCAAGGUGCGCCUGUCAACGGGCAAAGAUGUCAAGCUGAGCGCCAGCAUGAGUGACUCCAUUGGUCAGCUAAAGAGACAGCUGCACGCCGAGGAGGAGAUCGAGCCAGCCAGGCAGCGCUGGUUCUUCUCGGGCCGUCUGCUGACCGACAAAAUCCGGCUUCAGGAGACCAAAAUACAGAAGGAUUUUGUGGUGCAGGUUAUAGUCAACCAGGCUCCUGAGGUUAACUGAGACCCCCCUGAGAAGCAAAACGUUUUAUAUAUCUUAUAUAUAUUAUAUAUAUAAAUAUAUAUAUAUAAAAAAUCAUAUGCAAAAACACACCACAAUUAUGGUGUCAUUACAGACAACUACCUUCAGGGACGUGGAAUACACUUGGCCAGAAGGGAACAUGGCCUAGGAACAAUUCAGCCAUCCCAUAAUAUGUACAGAUUCCUGGCCACAAGAAGUUAUCUAUCCACAAUAUAAAGUUUGUCGCGAUGGAACCUGUAGUUAAUCACAUCCAGUAGUUUUCGGCUAGCUGAUAUUUUGACUGUAAAUUAAGGUGUUUUUAUUUUUCUUUCUUCCCUCCCGCUAUCUAAAGCCUUUCCCAGGAACCCAAUCCUGUUUGGAAUUUACCCACACUCUCUGGAAAAGGACUUAGAUGCGCUGAUGUUAAAGCUCUUUAAUAACUGAUAUCAAUGCUUUCUGCAAAAUCUACAUUAAGUAGUUGAUUUACUCCUCCCUUUCCUCUCUCACCUCUUUCUCUCCCUUCUGCCCCCACCCCACCACUGCCCUCCCCCAACUCCAUAAAUCAGCAUUGUAUACCAGGGUUUAUAAAAUGAAAGGUGAUCUGGGGGAGAACUUGAUUGAGGUGGGACCACCCUUUGAUUGGCAGAUAUAGGAUAGGGUGUCUCUCGCCUACUGGCUUCUCCUCUAUCAGUAACAUGCAGCGAUAUAGCAGCGCUCCUCGGCUUCCAGCAUCUCUCCUUUGAGCCGCUUUAUCACAGAUGACACCGCUUAUCCUGUCCUGCAUUCGUAAUUCUAGACAUGUUUUAUUCAUUGGUUUUGUGAAGACUGAAAGCUAAGGUGAGGCAUAUGGAGUGGGCUAGGAUUGCAAGUAGGAACUUGGAGGGUGAGAAUAUGCUAGGUUUUACAGUUUAAUCAUUGCAUUUCCUUUCCCCACUCACCAUCAGAGAAGGGAGCAUAGAACCUGGGGGUGUGGGGGGACACAGCGACAGAGAGAGGGAAUAUCAGUCUAGAACAAACAGUAUAUAGAUAUAUUUUUGGAAGACAUUUAAUGAGCAGGAGAAUGAGAGGGACGAGACAUCUUGUUUCCUCUCUACGGGACAUUAGUAGAGUUUGGGUUUUGCAGGAGUGGCUGACAAUAUUGGGGGAAAUCUUCAGGCAACCUAUUUCGGGACUGAGAUGAGAUCUCCAACAGUGGAAGAGUUGCAGUUUGUGGGUUAGAGAGAGCGAUGGACUGAGCUGGUCUGAGCGAGGCUGUGGUCUCAGAAAAGAAUCUUACUGUGGGAGUGAUGUGUUAGUGAGAUUCCCCCCCACCCCCUCACCUACCCCCAGUACGAACGAAAUGGAAAAACUAUCUGUUUGCUGACCACAUAGAGAUGUGGCCUGAAAUCUUUAAUGUGUGUGUAGCUUUGGUAUGACACUGCAAGCAACAACAAAUCCUGCUCCUUGGAAACCCGGCUGUGACUUUAUUCUGUCUUCCUGACAAUCUGUCUGCUGUAUGUGUUUGGGGCGGUGGGCGGGGGGGGGGGUGCAGGAUGGAGAGGCACCAUUGGCCCAGGUACAAAUGGUAAAGUAACAUUCAGGUUCUCUGAUUAGGAUGGCCUCCCCAACAGUUACUACACUUGACCUGUUGAGUGAUUUGAGAGAUUUUCUUCUGCUGAAAAUGCAAGGAUUAUUAUCUGGGGGGUGGGGGCGGAUGGGUGGUGGUGGGCUGGAGAAUCGACCUCCGGGGCCAGGACCAGGUAUCCCCACUAGAGAUGUGUUUGUUGAGCUGUGGAAGUGGACUGCCAUCUAGUGGUUUGCAGUAUGUACUGCAGUACUGCUUUCGGCUUUCCCCACGGUAUGCAACAUGGAAUUCUCCUCCUGGAAAGGCGCUGGUGUGAGUGAGUGAUCAGAGCCAAGAGGCUGAAGCCAUACAACAGCUUAGCUGUACUUGCCUCUCCUGUGUUCGUGUCACAUCUGGCCCAGCGGGCAGCCCUCUCACUCUGGGUCAGAAGGUUGUGGGUUCAAGCCUCAUUGGGAUAUUCCCGUCAUAAGGAAAGAGUCAUACAAAUAGGGGACUAUUUCCAGUAACUGGACCUGCAAAUCCCCACGCAGUCUGCUUCAAGAGCGGAGUGCCCACAGGUCUGCAGGGUUCCAAUGGGAGGAGUUCCUUAUGAGCUUUCUUUAAGAAUGACCGCAAACUAGACUCGAUUGAACAAGGACAGCGUUCAGCAGUUCAGCCUUCAACAGCCUCACCGCAUUCACCAAUAUUCCAGUUGAUUGUAAACCACAAACCUUCCGCGUGUG